AUUGUUGGAAGUCUAAUUGUCCAUUCAUUCAUCCCGGACUCCUGAUGCGCAGUCAGGAGGACCAGCCGUGCGUGUAGCGCCGCUUGUGAACGUCUCCUCCCCUGUUUCUGCAGUGUUACAGCUCUCGCUUCUCCGCUCAUCGCGCUUCUUAUGCCAAUGCUGCCCACGCCGCAAGAGUAAGGCGAGCCUUCUUCCUUUUCGCACAGCACCUCAACUUCUCUCUCUGUCUGCCACCAUCCCUCCGCUUGAUGUCCAUCUUGUCCUGAUCCGUGCCGUUUUGCGUCCUCUCGAUUCUACACCAUCCAUUCACGCCUACUCUCAUGUGCGGUCCUUGGUUCUUUUUUUUCUUUUUUUUUUUUUUGCGUUACCAGCUUAGACAGAAGAGCGAAGGAUUUUUUUCCCCCCCCGGCUUUCCAAAGAAAAUGUUUUUCUUCUUUAUUUUCUUAAACUGGCGAAUCUCAUGAAAUUUUGUCUGGUUGAAGCUGAGGGAACGAGGAUAGACCCAGCAAUUUAAUUUAUUAUUUUUACGCAUCAACAAUCGCACGUAUAGUCUCAAGAGAAGAAAGAUGAUCUUUUAUUUUAUUUUAUAAAUUAAAUAAUAACAAUAAAAGCAAUAGCUUUGGUUGGAAGAUGAUUCAAAAAGCAAAUCAGUGAGGGGAAGUGAUCGGACUGCCGUUAAGUUUGCUGAGGUAGGGCUAACUGUCAGGAAAACAUCGAGGAAACGGAGUGGGAAGCGACGCGGCAUUUCCAAGACGCCAGCGCAACAAGCCAGGAGCAUCACACCAGCCCGCUGCGUGGAUGGCACACAGGCUGCCUCUCCGCGCUCAGGUGGUGCAGGGUGGCCACGGUGAGACCGGGAUCCAGUCGGGCUUCGGGGCUUUCUAGCAACAUGAGGGAGAAGUUCAUCUCCUGAGGCUACAACUUCUACACCGGGCCCACUCACUGACAACUGCAUCCAGAGGAACCUUCCACAAACCCUCAAAUGUGACACAAUUUGAUCUCCAGCAUUAGAAGACUCCAAAUCUGAUCAUGACUUCAGACAAACGCACCAUGAGCUUACCACGACCCAUCGCCCCGUGGAUGUUUAUCACCUUUUUGCUGGUCCUUCAGCCAGGAGUCACUCAUUUCUCCCACGGCAGCUCCGGCCAUGAAGACGCCGGCGACGCCCCGAAGAACUGCUCCAGCGAGGACAACUGCUCAGAGGGCGUGGUGCUGCCCAUGUGGAACCCCCAGAACCCUGCGGUUGGUGACAAGGUGGCUCGCGCCAUUGUUUACUUUGCGGCUCUCAUAUACAUGUUCCUGGGUAUGUCCAUCAUCGCGGAUCGUUUCAUGUCUUCCAUUGAGGUCAUCACCUCUCAGGAAAAGGAGAUCACCAUCAAAAAGCCGAACGGCGAAACGACAACGACAACUGUGCGCAUCUGGAAUGAGACGGUGUCCAACCUGACCUUGAUGGCUCUCGGCUCCUCUGCGCCAGAGAUCCUGCUGUCCGUCAUCGAAGUGGUCGGCCACAACUUUGAAGCUGGAGCUCUGGGGCCCAGCACCAUCGUGGGCAGCGCCGCGUUCAACAUGUUUAUUAUAAUCGCCAUUUGUGUCUACGUGGUGCCAGAGAGCGAGACCCGCAAGAUAAAGCACCUUCGGGUGUUUUUUGUCACUGCCGCCUGGAGCGUGUUCGCCUACAUCUGGCUGUACCUGAUCCUGUCUGUCUUCUCCCCUGGGGAGGUGGAGGUCUGGGAGGCGGUCCUCACCUUCCUCUUCUUCCCUCUCUGCGUACUGCAAGCCUGGAUCGCAGACCGACGCCUGCUCUUCUACAAGUACGUCAACAAGCGCUACCGGGCCGACAAGAACCGAGGCAUCAUCAUUGAGUCCGAAGGUGACGCCAUGUUCACCAAAAUGGACCUGGAGAUGGACGGGCAGGGCGCGAACUCCCACCCUCACAACAAGGAGGCUCUGGAUGGGAUGCUGGAGGGGGUGGAAGAAGGGGGAGGGAUGAGCGCCGAGCAGGACCAAGAGGAAGAGGCCCGCCGGGAGAUGGCGCGCACCUUGAAGGACCUAAAACAGAGGCAUCCAGACAAAGACAUGGAGCAGCUGAUUGAGAUGGCCAACUACCAAGURCUGGUGCAGCAGCAGAAGAGCCGGGCCUUCUAUCGCAUUCAGGCCACGCGCAUGAUGAUCGGAGCCGGGAACAUCCUGAAGAAGCACGCGGCUGACCAGGCCAGGAAAGUGGUGAGCUGUCAUGAGGCCAGCGGGCAGGAGGAGGAUCCCAACACCAUCUACCUGCAGUUCGACCCCUCUCUCUACCAGUGCUUUGAGAACUGCGGGUCCUUGAAGCUGACGGUGAGCCGCCAUGGAGGGGAGGCCGGCUGCACAGUUAAGGUGGACUACCGGACGGAGGAUGCGACAGCCACUGCAGGCUCAGACUACGAGUUUGCCGAGGGCACGUUGGUCUUCAAGCCUGGAGAGACGACUAAAGACUUUACCGUCGGCGUCAUAGACGACGACAUCUUCGAGGAGGACGAGCACUUCUACGUGCGCCUCAGCAACCCCCGCAUUGUCCACCGGGCCGAGGUCUCCGUCCUGGAGCCCAACUCCAUCACGUCCAGCAACAGCACGGUCGGCAUCUCCUCGCACGUCCCUCCCAAGGCGGCCCUGGGGAACGCCCCCGUCGCCACCGUCACCAUCUACGACGACGACCACGCCGGCAUCUUCACGUUCGAGAGCAACUCCACCAGGGUGAGCGAGAGCGUCGGCAACAUGCAGGUGAAGGUUCACAGGACGUCCGGCGCCAGGGGGAAGGUGGCCGUGCCUUACCACACCGUCGAGGGCACCGCCAAAGCGGGGGAGGACUACGACGAGGUUUCCGGCAAGCUGGAGUUUCAGAACGACGAAACCAUGAAGCUGCUGAAUGUGAAGAUAAUCGAUGACGAGGAAUAUGAGAAGAAUAAGACGUUCACCAUUGUGUUGGAGGAACCCGUGCUGCUGGAGGUGGGACAGAGGCACGGGGACACCAAUGACAACAAAACGGCGGUGGGUUCAGAGGACGUGUCAAAGAUGGGCURCCCUGUCCUGGGAGAGCACACCAAGCUGGAGGUGGUCAUUGAGGAAUCCUACGAGUUCAAGAGCACCGUGGACAAGCUGAUCAAGAAGACCAACCUGGCGCUGGUGGUGGGCAGCAGCAGCUGGAGGGAGCAGUUUGUCAACGCCGUCACUGUCAGCGCAGGUGACGACGACGAAGAGGAGAGCGGGGAGGAGCGGCUGCCGUCCUGCUUUGACUACAUCAUGCACUUCCUGACGGUUUUCUGGAAAGUCCUCUUCGCCUUCGUCCCCCCGACCGAAUACUGGAACGGCUGGGCCUGCUUCUUCGUCUCCAUUUCCCUCAUCGGCGUCCUGACGGCCGUGACGGGCGACUUGGCCUCGCAUUUCGGAUGCACCGUCGGCCUGAAGGACUCGGUCACCGCCGUGGUGUUUGUCGCCCUCGGCACCUCUGUUCCAGAUACAUUCGCGAGUAAAGUGGCCGCCAUCCAGGACCAGUACGCCGACGCCUCCAUUGGGAACGUGACAGGCAGCAACGCUGUGAACGUUUUCCUGGGCAUCGGGGUGGCGUGGACCAUCGCCGCCGUUUUCUGGAACACCAAAGGUGAGACAUUCAAGGUGAACCCGGGCUCGCUGGCCUUCUCCGUCACCCUCUUCACCAUCAUGGCGCUGGUGUGCGUGCUCGUGCUGCUCUACCGCAGGCGCCCCAGCAUUUCGGGCGGCGAGCUCGGGGGCCCACGGACAGCCAAGCUCCUCACCGUCUUCCUCUUCCUGUCCCUCUGGUUCAUCUACAUCCUGUUAUCCUCCUUGGAGGCGUACUGCCACGUGCCUGGCUUCUAAACGCAAGGCACAAAAAUUAAGAGUACAGACAUGACUCCUCUUCUUGUUUUUACAGUUUUCUCACUGUUUUGUCUAUUUUCACAAGAUUUCUAACUAUUUGUAUCAUCACUUAUUAUUGAUAUAGCACAAAAUCUAGAAAAUGAUGCACUUAAGGACUUUGUUACCGCUGAUGAUCCUGUGAAAGCUAGCUUUAGCCACUGAAGCUAAACUUUCUUUUCCUACGCUAAAAUACUUUUCUCAUAUGACGUUUACAGAGCUGUGAAAAUGUACUUACCCCCAGACAGAUUUCUUCUGCUUUUCCUUUUUAUUUGGUCAAAUAUACGUGUUUUAGAUCUUCAAAUAAUUUUUAAUAUCAAACCAUGAUAACAAGAGUAAAAUAAUUGGCUCCAUAAAGUAAUAACUUAGCCAUCCUUGGCAGCAGAUUUUGACCUACUCUCCUUUGCAGAAUUUCUUACAAAAUCAGGAACAUUUGAGGGUUGAUGGGCAUUAAGAACCUAAUUUGGGUCAUGCUACAGGCUCUCAAUCAGACUUAGGUCCAGCCUUUAACUAGGCCAUUCCAAGAUCUUAAUUUUUGGUAUUUUUAGCCAUUCGUAGGUGUUCUUCCUGCUCUGCUUCAGAUCAUUGUCCCGUAUAGCAUCAGAAUAACUCGUCCUGGUCCUAAAGCAGCAGACUCCCACAGCUGGGUUUCUGAAAUGCUGCGUUAGUUUUAGAGUAGAUACAACAGGACAUCUAUCCAUUUAAAGUUUUCUUUUUUCUGUCUUAUCAGUCCACAGAAUAUUCUCCUAAAUGCCUUUUUUUUUGGUAAAUGGGAGGCAUUUUAGACUCCAUUUUGAUGACAGUUUUGGUUCAAAGGCAUCUGAAGACACGAUGCCGCAACUAAAAACACGCUUCCACGUCAUCUUUUUACACAUUCAGCUCAAGGCAUAAACAAUUUGAUCGCCAUAUUAACCUCCCUGCAAUGGAUUUUUGAAUUUGUAGAAGAACUCCACCAUGUGAAUGGCACAGCUCUCCCACGCCGUGUAUACAGCACAUGUUCGCUCCCCGCUGCAGAAACAAUGCAACCGUGACUCAGAUGUCACAGCAGUCGCUCCGCAUUAAUCUCGCUUAGCCUCACACUAGGCCGUGCAGACGGUUUGUACACCUGUGCUACCUGGAGUAGGGAAACCAAAAGUGAAACAUGAGCCAUCACCUACUGAUUUAUUUGGCUUUUGAUUACUUGACCACUUAGUGUUCCUAAUAGAGCGCUGACAUUUCCUUCUCUGAUGGUUGAUCUAUUCUUAUAUUGAAAAAAUAAAUAAGAUGGGGACGUCACAGAAAAGUAACAUCGACAGUCAUAUUACCCAAUUAAUCUGUAGCAUGCGUGGAGAUUUCGUAUCAAAAGCGUCACGCAAACUUAAACCUGAUCGUUUAAACGAAUGCCCUUCUUCUCCUCACGUUUGAACCCACUUACCGGGUAUCUUCAAAAUGUAACAAGACAGGAAACAAGCAGCGUUGCUACAGCUUUAGUGGUAAAUCAUAACCACUGACCUUUACUGAGGCAAUAGAAAGUCUCUUAAAUGUGUUUGAGGAUCUGAAACAAGUGUAAAAAAAACAAAACAAAGAAGAAAUCUGUGAGGUGCGCAACACUUUUUCACUGUAUAUAAUCAGCUUCGGUUCCACCCAGCCGCUCUUUUGCUUGACAUCUGCAGCAUUAUUUGGUCUUUUUGUGUAACCUACCGAUUCAGUUCGCUCAAUCCUGACUCGGACAUUCGAGAUUUCUCGGUGGAGUAUAAAAAAUUAACGCUGGUGCAUGGGGUGACGUUACAUAGAGCUUCGGUGCAAUAUGAAGGACUCGAGUAGGACAAGACAUGCUUGUGUAAUCAAUAUUAACAUUAACUAUUCAUUGUAUAUCAUGUGAAGGAUGAACAUUGUGCGUGGGAGUUUUGUGAAAGACUCGGUGUGUUUACUUUUGCACGUACUCAGAUUCACGGUUUCUUCUUGGUAAUCUAUUUUAUAAAGUGCUGUGUGUGAUUUUUUUGGACCUGGCUGUUGAAGUGUUGGUGUAUUUAUUUAUUUUUUGUUUCUCUGUACAUGUGAAUCCCAGCUGUUUCAUGCUCUCUCCACUGCCUGGUGCCCUUUCCUCACAUAGCCUCCUUCCUGUAUAGGAUUCAAACAGCCAAGUUUUUCCAAGAAAUGACACGUUUUUUUCUUUUGUUUUUUUUUACAAAAGUUGUGAAGUUGAAGCAAAGUGUUUGCUUUUAGAUAGAUUUAUGAAGUUUACAUAUACGUGUGCGUGCGUGUGUGUGUGUGCGCGCGUGCGUGUUUGUGUGUAUGUACAGGUGAGCCUUUCUCUGGGAUAAUAUUGUUUAAAGAAUAGACUUCACAGAUGGUACAUGGGUAUUGUUCACAUUUAAAAGAAAAAAAAAACAAGAAAAGUGAUAGUUUGUGUGUAGAUUUGAAAAACUCUUCUUUUGACCUCCGUCUUGCUGACACUGGUACAACAAAAGCACAGCAGAAAGCAACGAGUGAAGCGAUCGGCACAACUAGAUAGCACCAAACGAGUUCAUGAUUUGACUUGAAAAAUGUGUUAUAAACAGGAUGUGUGUACAGUAUUACUUGAGAGUGCUACCGUCUUUUUUAUUACUAUUAUAAUUAUUUAUUUGACCUAGAGUGUGUAUAGCCAUAUUUAUUGUUACUGUAUUGCUGUAGAGCUAUUUCUAUGAUCUAUUUUACUUUUAUUUAUAUGCACGUUUGAUGUAUAAAAGGUGGAAAUAAAUGUUGAUGAUUUAUGGUCCCAGAAA